CUUGCUGUUUAUUUGUGUCUGUGUGUGCCAGUGUCUCUGCAAAGGCGAGAAAUGGAGGUGAAAUAUAUUCCAUGUUGGGAGGAGAGUGCACAGGAGACCAGUUGGCUAGCAUGUUAGCAAACAAACAAGCACAAACAAUCCGCAGUCAUGAAAAUUGCAUUUUCAUUGAAGUGCUUUCCUGGUAGUAAUAAUCACAGGGAUGACAUUUAGAAACGAGCUGGGUAAGUCUUGAGCAGGCACUCACCCCACAAGGUUUUGGCAGAGCCAGUUCGUAUGCUAACGAAUGCACGAGAUUGUGGGAGGGAGGAAGGGGGACGCUGAACAGUUCGCGAGACGUAACGACAGGUGGACAACGUCUUCCCACGGUUAGCAUAGGUCUAUUUUGGAACAUCCUCAAACUGCCACUGAGAUAUUGACCACUGAGAUAUUGACCAUGAACUCAAGUCACGCAACAAGGCAGUCUGACGUCAGAAAAGUUAUAUGGAAUUGAAAUGUAACACCAGCAACAUUUUCAUUUAUCUCUCCCCUAGUUCUCUCAGGCACACGGACAUUAAUAAUAUUAAACAAUCACCUUGUGCCUCUGAAACCUGCUUUAUAACAACUAAGGAUAGUUUUAUUCUUAGCUUUAACCAAACCACCAAUAGAAAAAGGAUCCUAACGUUUCCUCAGAUUAGCCAAAAACACAUCAACACUACAGCCUACAAUCCAGUGAGAAAAAAGGUAAACUUAUCACAAGACUUGUUAACAAAAAUAUAUAGUAUUUAAUAUCAAACUGCUGGCUGAGUCCUACAGGCGCCUGAUUACACUAACCUAAACCAUUUUAGCUAUUGAUCAAUAAAAACAGUUACAAAGCAUCUAUAUGUUCCAUAAAAGCUAGCCCUAAUAAAUUAAACACAUCCAACAGUUAUUGGCAGUCCUGUUUACCCAUCAUGGCCUCCAUCACCCAAUCAUCUGACCCCGAGAUCCCAGACAACCACAAAGAGAGCUGGCUGGCACUACUUGCCGCGGCAGAGGGAUAUUGUCAGAAGUCAGGCUGCGACCUGGCUAUUCUUACAGCCUGUAAGAAGUUCUGGCCAUCUGUAGUGGAGGGAGAUGAGAGGAAAAGGGAGAGUGGCAGUGGCUUGCCUGCUGGAGGCCGGAAGUGGGAUUUCUCCUAUCACGUGUGGGGUCAGGGGGCUUUAGCUGAGUCUUCGCGGCGCUACAUGGACGACAUUGCGGUGCUGCACUCCACAUCUAUGCUAACGUCGCAUAGACAUACACGUCUGAGUGCAGGAGACGGAGGAGCUAAACUGGUAGUGGACAUGCCCACUGUCAGGGCGGGCCUAACAGGUGAGGGUGGGGUGGGAACCAUCAGCCCCAAUACCACACUCUAUUCGCAAAGCUACCCAUCAAUCUACCACUCAGGGGCUGUCAUUGCCCAAGCUGCUGGGCAGCAUGGGAAUAGAGAGAGGGAGCGAGAGAUGGCUGUGAUGAUAGAGGAGGCUGGACGAGGGAGAGACAUUCCUGGAAUUGGGGACUUGGAGGAAGAGUGUGAGGAAGAGGAGGACAUGGACGAAAGGAGCCGUAAUCUGAAUGAGACUGCAGGAGUGUUUUCCAUGGAUGAGGACUCGCUGUCUCGUGACUGUGAACCAUUCUUUGAGUCCGAUGGAGAGGAGGAGAGCACUGAUGGCUCGUUAAGUGAGGACUGUCCUCCUCCCCCGCGCAGCAUGGCCAUGGGGCAGUCGUUCUCAUCCCGACACCCCAACCCCAUGAACAUGGCCCGCUCCCUCCCCGUGUCUGUUCCUGUGUGGGGCUUCAAGGGCAACAGACCCCACCAGGGAGAAGGCCACAGUGGGGAACGGGCUGGCGUAGCUGACCUGGAUCAUAUUGCUGCCAGCAUGAAGGCCCUGUUGGCCCCAGGAGCCAACGACGGAACAGAAAUGUUUGGAGGACUACCUCGCCCUCGCCUCAACACGGGAGACUUCUCCCUCAAACACUGAGAGAGCCAAAGAAAGUGAGGGGAUGAAGGAGUGACAGUGUGUGGAUGAAAGAGAGCUAAUUGAUUGGCUGGCAGGUGGAAAAGUACCCCAGUGUAUUAGCUAAUCACUAACCCCAAAUUUAGUAGGAACAACAGUGAACCCAGAGAGGAUUAACUGACAUAACAUAUGCUGGUAUACACACUAAGAUCAUUUUCAGCACAUUACAUUACACCCAUACACACUUAAACACUACAGGACAACUCACUACACACAACUUAACUUCAAAUGUGCUCAUAGUGACCUACUGUACUGACCAACAUGGACACUAACAUAUUGAAAUGUUUCUGACACAGGUGUUGACUCUGUUGUGGGACUUUGCCAAGUAGAUUCGUGGAGGAUGGGUCACCCUUCUAGAAAUGGUUGGCUCUAGGGGGCUUUUUAACAUGAAGCCUGUAGCUUUUCAAAUUGUGAGUGAAGGGCACCGUGUCUCCAUGAAACAUGCCUUUUUGUACUUCUACCUUGCCAAUGAAUGACUGACUGGUAGAACGAUAGUAAGUGUACAAUCUCUGAUGUUGACACUAUUAUAAUAAUAAUGUCCUCCAAAUGUGUUGACUGUGAGAGCGAGAGAAAGCGGAGGAUGGGAACAGAGAUGUAUCUAUCAUCUCCCAAUUUUUCAAAAGCAGAUAAAUGUUUUAAUUUGGGUACCUGUAUGGUUUUAAAUUAAGGAGCAACAUCUGUGAAUCAGGCUGUUGGUUCUGACACUGAAUAUUAUUUGGAUGCAGUAUAAUGGCUGUCCUAGAGAGGGCAGUAUUAGAUUAAGAACUACACUGAACAGAAAUAAACACAUGUGAAGUGUUGGUCCCAUGUUUCAUGAGCUGAAAUAAAAGGUCCCAAAAAUGUUCCAUACGCACAAAAA